AGUUUUUCCUGACUCCAUGUGCAACUCUCUUUCCACAUCAAUUCCAACAGGAAGCAAGUAGGUAGGAGGUCUAUGACCAGUGGGGAGAGAAGGGUAGAAAAAGGUCAGGAUAGAACCUAAAAGUUGAGUCCACCUUGUCAAAUCCAGUCAAAAUCCUUAUGGUUUGGAAACAUAAAUUUGUAGAAGUGCAGCAGGUAGCCCAUGAUUCUGUAGCAAGGUGGUAGCCCAGUGUGGAUUCCAACCCCCAUCACCAACUCCUAAUGCCCAGUUCUCUCUCCUAAGUGCUCUUGAGAAAAAUCCUAGAAUGCCUGAACAAAAGCCUGGGGGGAAGUAGCAAGGAAAGACAUCAUUGAAAGUCAGAAUAAUUUAUGAACUUGAAAUCAUUCCCAAACUCUCUACUUUUGGUUGGGGAAUUAGCUGGGUAAUUUAAUUUUCAGGGGGAGGAGAUAGAAGCUCUGACCACUACAUCCUGAACUUGGCUACUGGCUCAGGUCCCACCUCCCUUUCUCAUACCUCAUUUCGGAACUGACAGUCCACCAUGCAACCCACCAGUGUAGCCCUUCUCUGCCUUGGACUGUGUCUAUACCAGGAGAUCAAGGCACAAGAGGGACCCCUUGAGAGACCUCAAAUCUUGGCUAAACCAAGCUAUGUAGUUGUACCAGGAACCAAUGUUUCUCUCCAUUGCUGGAUAAUGCAGUCUCCUGGCUGGGAUCUGACAUUCAUUCUGUUGAAGGAGGGGAUGACUGGAUAUCAUUCCAAGAGGAAGGCAGAAAGAGAAGCUGAGUUUUCUCUGCCAUCUGUGGGUAACAACAGUGCUGGGAGCUAUAGCUGUGCUUACUUUGAGAACAGAAACCCCAAGAGGAAGUCACAGGCCAGCAAAACCCUGGAUUUGGUGGUGACAGGUUUUUUUCCCAAGCCCUCCUUCUCAGUCUACCAUUACCAUGAGGUGGCCCUAGGCAGAAACGUGACCCUGUUGUGUAGCCUGCCCCAGCCAAGACCAUUUUUUGAAAUUAUCGUGUUCAUUUUGCUGAAGACAAGGAGUCCAGAACCUAUCCAGUCCAUCCAAACAGAAAAGCCUGAGGUUGAAUUUCCCCUCCAGUCUUUGAGAGUCCAAGAUGCAGGGUACUAUACAUGCAUUUAUUAUGAGAAAACCCUGCGUAGAGGCUCAUACAUCAGUGAGUCCCUGAAUAUCUGUCUGACAGACUACCUGCCCAAACCCUCCCUGACAGUCCAGCCCAGCUCCAACGUUGCUCUCGGAGGGAACGUGAUAUUUCAUUGUCAAGUGAGAGCCUGUGGCACCAGAUUCACUCUGUCCAAGCAAGGAGAGGCUGUUGGGACAGUCGAUUCCAUCCAGGGCAAGGCUGAAUUCCUCAUCACUCGUGUGACCAGCAAUCACUCGGGGACCUACAAAUGUCACUAUCACCCUGGAGGGACCAAAUCCACCCUGUUGGAAUUCAGUGAUCCCUUGGAGUUUUCAGUCACUGGUGUAAACAUUUCAACUUUUCCAGAAAAAGGACCUGAUACCAUUCUCAUCAUAGCCAUCAGUUGUGCCAGCAUCCUUCUCUUCUUGGUCUUGCUAAGCUAUUAUCUCCAUCGUAUCAUGGCUGCUCAUAAAGAAGCCCGGAGAAGGGACCCAGGAUGCCAGUCUCAACAUCCUCCUUCCAUUCACCCUAGAACAUCCAAUGAAGAAGCCACAUAUGAAGAAGUGAGCAUGAUGGGACAGUAUGAGUCACUUGUGAGUCCUUUCUUCUCUUCUCCCUUCACUAACUGGCAGGCUUCCCCAAAUCCCAUUAUGAGGAACAUGGAGUUACCUAGGCUGGUGCAUAGUAGGCCCCAUUCCCUAUACUCCUGUACCAGAGCCCAUUCUAACUCUGCUGUUCUUGCUCUCUUCCCUUGGUCAUUCCUGGGUGGAGACUGAGCCCCAUCCUCACUCUUGCUUGAGUGAAUCCUGUCUUCUCUGAACUCUGAUUAUUAGACCCACCUAUCCUUCUCAGUAGCAAUGGUCACUCAUGUGGGACAAUGCCCCUGUUUCCUUUUAAGGAUUCAGAAAGAUCUUGUCAUGUAGCAAUAACCUAAAGAUUUCCAGGCUUUUCCAUUGUUCUGCAGCUGAAAUCCCAAGCAUAUGUUGCUCAUAUCACUUAGGGUAUAAACUCUUUGAGAGAAAGAAUUCUUUAUCUUUUUUAUAAGUGCUUAUAUUAUGCUCAGCACAG